UCCUGUAACUGAAAAACAGACAUCAUCUUUACUUCUUUGAUCAUUUUCACAGGUGCUUUUCAUGGCAACUCUAAGCUUCAAUUCCACAAGAAUCAAAUCCCCAGCUCUCAAAUCUCACAAACCAAUCUCCAAAUCUCACUUUCUCACAAAAUCCUGCAACAUUUCAUUCCUUUUCUCAUCUAAAAACUACCAACAGCUGCACUUUAAACCAAACUCUAUAUCAGAAAGCUCGGUGUCAGUGCCAAAAGAAGCUGAAUUUGAUGACAGUGAAGAAGAUGACCCAACUUCAGAAUUGAGCUAUCUUGACUCAGAAACCGACCCCUCGAGCAUUACAGAGUGGGAACUGGAUUUUUGCUCGAGACCCAUGCUAGAUAUCAGGGGCAAGAAGAUAUGGGAACUUGUAGUGUGUGACAGUUCACUUUCACUUCAAUAUACAAAGUACUUUCCCAACAAUGUUAUCAAUAGUAUUACUUUAAAGGAUGCUAUUGUUUCAAUUAGUGAGGAUUUAGGUGUCCCUAUACCAGAAAAAGUUCGCUUCUUCAGGUCACAAAUGCAAACCAUAAUUACAAAGGCAUGUAAGGAGCUUGGCAUAAAGCCGGUUCCUAGUAAACGGUGUCUAUCACUACUUCUUUGGUUGGAAGAACGUUAUGAGACAAUAUAUAUGCGUCAUCCUGGUUUUCAGAAGGGAUCCAAGACACUUUUGGCAUUAGAUAACCCUUUCCCAAUGGAACUUCCAGAGAACUUAUUUGGAGAAAAAUGGGCAUUUGUCCAGUUACCUUUUUCAGCUGUCCGAGAGGAGAUCUCGUCCUUGGACAAAAGGUUUGUGUUUGGGGCUGGUCUGGAUUUGGAUUUACUGGGAAUUGAAGUCGAUGACAAGACAUUGAUUCCAGGACUAGCAGUUGCAUCUUCACGUGCCAAACCAUUGGCAGCUUGGAUGAAUGGAUUGGAAGUCUGUUCAGUAGAGGCCGAUACCGCUCGUGCUUGCUUGAUCCUAUCUGUUGGAAUUUCUACUCGCUAUGUUUAUGCAACCUAUAAGAAAUCUCCUAUAACUACAAGUGAAGCUGAAGCUUGGGAAGCUGCAAAGAAGGCAUGUGGAGGCUUACAUUUCCUUGCCAUCCAAGACGACUUGGAUUCAGAUGAUUGUGUUGGAUUCUGGCUGCUGUUGGACUUGCCGCCACCUCCUGUAUAAUUAUUAAAACUGAUGGAAAUGGAUUCCGGUUAGUUAAAGUGUAAAUGAUAUAUUAAUGCUUACAAAUUAUUUGAGUUUGAUUUAAAUAAAACUCAAAUAGCUAAAC